AGAUGAAAUGUUACUUACUUUUUCUGUUAUUGGUACCUGUAGUAUUAUCAGAGCGAAGCAAAAGGCAAAUUUCAAUUGAUGACAUUAUAUCCGGCGCAUUAAGUCUCGUGAGACCGAUCUUUGACACUUCAAAACCUAUUCAAAACGAAGGAAUGCUUAGAAAACCAGACGCUCCAACUCAAGAUGAUAUGCGCGACUCAUCAAUUUUGGGAUCACACUCGAGAACUGCGUUAGAUGAUGUACCACUUUGCAAGGGGAAUAGCAAUAUUUGCCGAUUCAUUUCGUGUUCUGCUGAAAACUUCAAAAAAGAUCCGACAUUUGGCAAUAUACAACUUGCUGCUCAAAUACUUGGAGAUGCUAAGCUUAGAAAAACUAUCAGCAGUAACUCUGAUGCAGUUCACGCUGUAUGCAAAGAACAAGGCAUGGAUGAUGCGCAGUGUAAAUUAUUUUCCAAGGGAUUCCAAUUGAUUGAUAAGUUCAUGACAUCUAUUGAAAAGCCAACAGAUGCAAAAGGCGGUGCACCUCCAUCCACAGAACCACCAGUGACAUCGAUCCCCGAUUUUGAUGAGCCUACUGAUGAUGAGCCUCAAAAACCAAUGAUGGACGAUCCUGCACAAUUACAAGACGAUGAUAAUAGAAAGCGCUGGGCGGAUUAUGAUACCCCAUCUAUUACCCCGGUGAUUCCCGUGCAAACAGCACACGGAUCCAAAACGUGGAGUAGCAACCCUGAGACAAAAUCAUUACAACCGCUGGAAAUCAGAAAUGAUCUUGUCUCUAGCUGGACUCAAAUGCCAUUUUUCGCGCCUCCAACUAUUCCACCAGCCCCGCCGCUUGCUUUCAAAUCUGUGCCUUCACUAAUUUUACAACCGAUUCAAGCACCACAGUUGGAGAAUGGAAUAUUCUUCUCGACAGAUAAAUUCAAUUUCCUCAAGGACUUCAAUCCGAUCAAGCGAUUCAGACGAUCUCCUGAUUACUACGAUCAGAUCGACGAAAAGAAGAAACCUUCAAAAACUUCUGAUUCAUCUAAAAAAUCGUCUGGCAAUACUGAUGAUUACUAUGGAAACUUUGAUAGUGACAUAGAUGAGAAAGAUGAAAUUGAAACCACCGGUCUGAAACAGUGCGUCCAUUUUCUGGGACUUGGUGUAUAGAUCUUAUCCACAUAUGUACAGUUUUUCUAUCAUUUCUUAUUUUUUAAAAUUUCAGUUGUUUGAUUGACGGGUGUAAUAAAUCAAGAUUCUUUU